AUGUCUCUGGAAAAGCUAACGGUGUCUAUAAGGACAAGUGCGCUUAAAGCCCUCAAUGAGGUGUCGUAUGGCUCCGAACAUGGUUUCGGCGAACGAAUACUACCCCUGCAGAUGAAGUCUCGCACCUCCGGAUUCUCCAUCAAGCUGCCAAUUAUCUGUCGAUACGAAGACAUCAGACCGACGCUCUCACUCGACAAAGUAACAAAACGUGUGUGGGAUACCCUUUGCGGUCAUGUCGAAGAGGAGCGCAUCAUCAAGAUCAAGCUCGAUGACGGCACUGGAACCUAUGACGCAAGGCUCUCUCGACCAGGACGCGAACCGCUUGAACGUAAAAGGGCCGAAGUGGAACUUCAGUGGCAAGAGUACGAAGAAGCGAAGCAUGUGCUCAAAAAGGGUCUUGAGUGGAUGAAAGAGAAACUUGCAUGA